AUGAUAACUAUAAUCAAUAUCAAUAUCGUCCUGAUUUCCACGGUGGAAGAGGCGGAUCGCAGUGGGGAAUGGGUAGAUUUAACCGUCAGCCCCAACCUAAUCUGGAAGCGCCAGCACGUGGUAACUUUAGAGGAAGUAAUAAUAAUAGGGGAGGACCACGCCCUCAGCAGGCUGCUGCACCUGCGGCCCCUUAAGUGGCUGAUUUGCCACCUGUCCCUGGACCCAAACAUCUAUCGAAGACCACCUCACCCUUGA